CUUGCUCUCUCUCUUAACCUCCUAGGAAGUUGAAACAUUACAGAACACGAUCAUCUCUCUCUCUCUCUCUCUCUCUCUCUCUCUCUCUUACUUCGAAAGCUUCUCUCUUUCUUCGUGAUCUGAGCUUAUUGAUUGAUCUGCGUCCGAACCAAAAUCUAUAUAAUAGAUCGAUCAUGGAUUGUUACACGGGAAGGAACUUUGAAGAUUUUGUUGUGCCUAAUUAUCAAGAAACGUCAUCAGAGACAUGCUUAGAUGGUAUGUGGGGUGGAUGGAGCAUGAACUCCCCUGAAGCUGCUGAGAAAUGCUUUGACUACGAUCGUUUUAAUAGCCAGAUGGGUAUGAGAACGAGCCAAGAUGAAGAAGAAGAAGAAGAAGAAGAGUCCAAGAGAUCAAAAGCUUUCUACGGCGCUUCUUCGCUUCACGGUUUCGAAGGAAUCGAACAGAUGGAUGAUAUAUUCUUAAGUUCAAUCUUGGAGGAUGUUCCCGGGAGUGAUGGAGAUGUGCAUCGUUCUUCUAGCACCAAUAACAGUGUCGGUUCUUCGUCUAUGUACGGUGGUAGUGAAGUCCCCUUGUUCCAUUCUCAUGCCAUGCCUUUAAAGGAAGAGGCUCCAUUUACAAUCUCGGAUCUGUCUGAAGAGAACAUGUUUGUGGACGAUGAAAUGUCUUCUGAAGAGCUAGUGUUGCAGGAUCUGCAAAGAGCUUCAGAAAAGCUAACUGAUGAGACAAGAAAGUGUUUCAGAGAUACGUUUUACCGGCUUGCGAGAAACUCACAAGAGAAGUUGGAUUCAGACAACACUGCUAACUCAGGAGAGUUCCAUAUGCAAGCGUCCAGAUAUGACUAUGGUGAUAAUACCAGGUUGAUGAGUAGAGAGGAAGAGAUCGAAUCAGAAACAAACUCAAUCGAUAGAGCCGUCGCAAACCUCACUUACAACAAGAUGGAAUCCAACAUAAGCAACUUUCCUCUACCUGAAAGAGUACAGUAGCUUCCUGCCUGGAUCAAAGAUCAACCAUUGUGUGAAGUCUUUUGUAGCUACUGUAUAUGUGUAUAUGUGUGUAUUAUAUAUAGAUGACUCAACGUUGAAAACAUCAGUUUUGAUCUGGUCUCCUUUUAAUUACUUCAGUAAGGUUUUUACUUUAGUAGUGUGUGACAAUGCUUAAUGGCCUUAGACUUAUAAUAUUAAUAAGAUCAAUCAGGUUUCAAUAA